GAGGUUCCGUGCCGGGUGGGUCACCGCUUUCUCCUUUGCUGUGGUCUUGCCGACUCCUCCGUCAUGGAGUCUGUGGACCGAGGCUCGCGUUUCUUGCUGCCUUACUUGACCCACUGUUCGGUGCGGCGAAUGAUGCCCUGGGCAUUGAUGAGCUUCAUGGUGAUCGGAUCCCUUGUUAAAGAAUUAAUGCCGCUGGCUGCUACUUACCUGAGUAACAAGCGCAACGUGCUCAAUGCCUAUUUUGUGAAAUUUGCCUGGGCCUGGACAUUCUCUCUGCUGUUGCCAUUCAUCUCUCUCACCAACUACAAUGUCCUCCAGAAUAUUUUGCCUGUACUAGUUCGCCUUUUCUCAUUGCUGGUUGGCACUAUCAUCUGGUAUAUAUGCACAAGUACAUUUUUGCUCAUUCAGGACUUCACAGGCAGUUGUUACAAAUCAUCAACUCUUGCUGUAGUGACUCAAGAACAUUCCAACCAACUACAGUGCCUACAAGCUGGUGGGAUCUGGCAAAGUUUUGAUAUCUCAGGACAUUCCUUCCUCCUUUCAUAUUGUAUUCUAAUGAUUCUAGAAGAAAUGGCUGUGAUGCCCAGUGUGAAAACUUUUCAGGGUUCUAGACUGCACAGAGUGGUGAACAGUUUGUUCUUAGCACUGGCUUGUUUGACUUUUAUCUGGUUUUUCAUGCUUCUUACUACUGCUGUAUAUUUCCAUGAUUUUUGGGACAAGAUUUUUGGCACUUUGGUGGGCCUCUGUGCUUGGUAUGGAACAUAUAGGUUUUGGUACCUGUCACCUUUAUCUCCUGGACUUCCUCCUCAAAGAACCCUUUAUUUCCCAAAGCCUAAUCGUAGGCUAUAAAAUCAGUUUGUUGACCAGAUUCUGUUUUAAAGAAUACUCAUUUUUAAUUAUCUAAAUUUAUUUCCCAGAGUCUAAUUGUGGGCCAUAAAAUCAAUUUGUGGAUCAGAAUCUGUUUUAAUGAAUAUUUUCAAUUAUUUAAAUUUUAAGACAACUAUUAAUAUGAAUAUUUAAAGUGAGUGGCAAAAGACCAAAUACUGUUUGUAUUAUGAGUUUGUGACAUAAUUCUUGAAAGUGGUUGCUAUAUUAAUAUCAGGACUUCGUUAAUCUUGGCUAAAUGGAAACUGUUGGCCAGAUUGGUACUAGAAUAACCUGAGAGGAAAAUACUUAUUUUAAAAACUACUUUUGACUAUGAAGAGGCAAAUUUAACAGAAAAAAAUUCACUUAGAUACAAAACUCAUGUGCAAGGACUCGAUAAAUGGACAUAUUUUUGUUAGAUAAAAUAGAUAAGAUAAAUUGGCCAAGAUCAUAUCUUAUUUGAGGAUUUGAUAAUUAACCAAAUGAUAGACACUUAAACAUUUUGUCUCAAAUUAUCUUGCUUGAAUAUGUAAAAAAAAGUUUUCUUUGAGUUUGAUUUAAAUCCAUAUAUUAAAACAAAAAUGGAUAGCCAGAUUAGUUUAUGCCAUAAGGAGAUUUUGGAUUUAAAACAACUGUCCCUGCCAUUCUAUUUAUUUCAACAGUCAACUUUGUACAGAUGACAUAGCUUGCAUCAUGCACCAUUUUUUCUAGAAUUUAUCUGGCUUAGAGUCUUUAGAAUAUCUUACGUCAUGUUUUUGGCAACAUGGCAUUCCUGAAUGCUUUAUAUCUGCAAUCAAACCUAUUCUGUUAGAGCAGGCUGUUACUUGCAGGAUUGCAGCUUUCACAUACUCUGCUCUUCCAGUUCUGAAUUAAAGAUGGCAGUUAGGAAAUCUAUAGCAAUGGUAUAAUUUAUUGUACAUGGGAGUUUUAUAGAAAAAACUAUAUUGGUUUUUACAGCCAUCUGUCACAACAGGAAAAAAAAUAUUUAAAAACUUGUUUAGGUUCAUUGGAUACUUUGAAUUUUCUUGCAUGGUACAACCUUAUAAUAUUAAUAUAUUUAUAUUAAUUGUGUUUUUUACAGUUUUGCACUUUGACUAAAGGUAUUACACUACAAGUGCAAUUAUUUUUAAUAUAAUUGAAAAAUAAUCCAGUUGUAAUGAAUAUUGCUGCUUUAUAUGUUAUAUUCAGCAUACUAUAUUUUAUGUGCUCCUACUAAACAUUUGAUAGUCAAGCUGCAUAGUUUGUAGAUACUAAGCUAAAGUGAGGAUCUUUUUUGUUUCAGAUAAAACUUCGUUUUUUAUUUUUAUUUUUGGUCUCCAAAGCCAUGAUAGACAUGUACUGAUACCACUGUAGGCAUUGGUUCUAAAAAUUGUUCUGUCUGUAUCUGGUUUUUGGGGUGGAUGUUUAGAUGGGAAGUAGGUAUGUUAGAAUUUUAUGGAGGCCUAGUACACUUAUCCUGUGUUUAUGUCUCCCAGAAAUAAAUGUUGCAUAAAUAAAUAUUACACAUAAAUAUCUUGGGAGUUUCUGGAGCUGUAAAAAUGUGAUUGCAUGUUGUCUAUUAUUUGCUUAUGUUUGUGCUAACUUUUCAGUUUUCUAAUUGUCUUGCUAAUUCAGUUUCAGAGCUUUCAGUUUGGAUGUGAUUGAUACACUAAAUGGUUUGAAAUCUUCAUGUUAAUUAUAUUACUCACAAACUGCCUGAGUUCAGGAGUUCUUAUUAACAGGCAUGCCAUUUUAAGUUCCUUCAAAUUGUAUCAUACCUCUAUAUAUACUAUAAGAUAGAUACUUGGAAAGUCAUCCAGUCAAAUUUGUGUGUGCUAGCUACUCAAAGAUGAACUUCUUUUGCCAUUUCCCUUUUAAAAUAAUGCCUUAGUGAACCAUAGCUUCAUAUUUAGGAUUGUUACUUGUCCCCCAUAAAGUUACAACAGCUUAUACUUCUGCCACAUUUAAACUUGUAUAUUGUGCAUGGCAAUUGGUUUGUAUAACACUAUUUCCAACAUAGGAGAAAAAGUUUUAUCUCAAACUCGGCUUUAUGCCUACUCAUAAAUAAAAAACGAGCAGCUAAGCCACAGUUCAUAUAUGUGUGUGUGACUAAUGAGUUGAAAAGAAUAGGCUCAUUGGCAAUGAAACUUGGAGUUUUAUGGAGGUGGAAAUUUGAGGUCAAUGGUAUAUAUCAGUGGAAUUGGAAGCAGACUUAAUUUACAUUACCAUUAUUGGUUUUAUUGUAAGCUCUUUUGGGAAUCUUCUAUGAAAAGAACUAUACAUUCAUCUAUGUAAGUUAGUUCCUCAGACCUUCAUGAACUGAGCUACAUGGGUAUAUGAAGAGCAGCCUUUAUGGCUGGCAACCCAUCUUUCAGUCAGAUUACAUUUAUGGCUCCUGUAAUUCUUUCAAAGUAUUUCAGUAUACAAAUUGGUUCCAUGUUAUUGUACUGAAGAAUUAGUGAAUUCUUAAGCAAUUCCUAAGUAUUAUAUGUUUCCGUUGGGUGAGAUUUUUCUCAGCAUACACAGACUUACAUAAAGUAUGUUUGCUGUAAUAUUUUUCAUAUUUCUUAAGCACUGAUUUUGUAUUGUUUAAAGAAGUGUUGAGAGAAGUAAAAUGAAAUGCAUAUAUUUUACAGAUAUGUACAUUUUGUUAGCUGGGUAUGAUGUAUCAGCAUUGUUAUUGUAUAGGCAAGCAUUCUAUAAAAAAUUCUUGUGACUCUAUGUAAUACAGAUUUUUUGUGUGUAAUAAUCAUUUGAUGAUAGUUUUGUUGCCCAUGAAUGAACAAAUCAAAUUCACCUUCACCACUGUCUCCAGUGGUUUUGGCUUCUUCUUUUUUAGCUAAACUACUUAUAUUGCCAGUUGUGUUACAGUAAUGCCCUAAUCUGAAGCAUAUUUUACUACAUCUUAUAAGGUAAAAAGCACUGAUUUUGCCAAAUAAUCAUUUUUCUCCCUUACCUCUAAUGCAAUUUGUGCCAUGAUGGUGUGUAGCAAUUGUAUCAAUAAAAUAGACAUUUGAUGUAUUUUGGUAACUAAUGGAGAACAGAUUAAUCUGUGCUUCCUGAAGAGAGCAAACAAUGUAAAACUCUGAGUAUCUCAUGACUACAGUGUCAAACUUCAUUUUAAGCUAUCUUUAAUGGCACAUGGUUAAUUUAUCUUCCAAAGCAUAAGUGAGAUUUUCUGUUGUGCAGAUUUGGCCAUGGAAAUCAGUUUCAGGUUUGCCAUUGAUAUUUCAAGAAUGUUAGCUCUAUCUUGGUUUCUGUUUUCAAAAACUUAAUAUCAGAACAAAUAAUUUUAAAUUAAUAAGAAUGAUAUCUUAGAAAUAUAUUGAGUUGAUUUCUAAUACAAACCCUGGAAAGAAUGUUGUAAACUUCAUCUGUCACACUUGAGCAAGAUCCUAAUUAUAGCACGUUGGAAAUACUUCUAUUUGGCAUUCUUCUAGAAGUGCAGGGAAAUCUCAUAAUAAUACUUGGUAAAAAGAUUGUGGGAAACCCAAAGUAGGAAAGUAUUACAGUUAACCCUUGAGAUAUGAUCAUAAUGGAGUUUGCACGUGUCCUGAGAAUUGUCACUUAAUGAUUCCCCAUCCCUGCUCUUCCCAAUGAAUCAAAUAAACAUGCAGGUUGUUAAGUGGAUCAUGGGAUGCCUAGGGUAGGGGAGUCUCUUGAAGGCCUAGCACAGGCCCACGCCCAUCUGCUCCAGCCCUCCCAAGGCUUUCCCACUUACCAAAAUACCUGUGCUCUGCUUCCUGCCCCUUGCAUCUCCACAGGUUUUUUCCCUAUUAAAAAAAAAUCCAGGAAAAUUUUACUUAUUUAUUGUAAAUAAUUUAUAUAGCUGCCUACUUGCUCACAACAACUUUCAAUAAAGCAUGCAUAGUAUGGGGCUGUACCUUCUGUUAUUAAAUGUUUAGUUGGAACUCGUAGUUAAAGGUUCUUUUGGUAUUAGAACAGGCAUCAUUGGAUACUUGGAAUAUACUUAUGCAUCUUUGUUUUAAAACUGAACAAAAAUACAGUCAGUGUCAAGUUGGUGAAUCACUUGGCAAGCGGGUCACCAUAUAAAUGCAAUUAAUUGUGCCUUCAACUGUCCUGUUCUAAUGCCAACUGAGGCAAACUAGUUCUUGAGAUGCAGCAGAAAUUUUCACAACUGGAUUUUAACUCCCAAGUAGGCCUUACUCAAAAGUAUGGCAGUCUGGAGUGAAAGAUGUUUAGUAGAUUAAAGGAUAAAAACAAAUUCAGUCAGACAGUAGUGAGCCAUUAGGUAACUAAGUCCAAAACUAGCAUUUUUUAAUUAAGCACACUUUGGGGAAGCUUAACUGUUUCAUAGUGAUUACCUAGCAUCUAUGUUUACAUUUUUACCUAACUGCAACUUAAGUGAAUCAAAUAAGCAUAUCUGAUGAGGAAUACUGAAGGUUCAUCAGUAUUUGAGCUACCCCAACUUCAUCCCUGCCAAAGCAAUACCACUUUCAUGGCUACAUUUUGCACAAACCUCAGUUGACACGGGUGAUUUAACCAGGAGGAUUCAAGAGGAUGGAUCGUGAUGGGCAAGCUACAGUUUGCCUCUGUGCUUUGAAAUGCUUCCUUUGUGCAUAAGAUUUAUGAAUUGGAAAUUUUUCCAAUCUUUAGUUGACUGGCAAUGUGAUAAAUAUAAGUAUGUUUUAAGGAGCAUCUCCAUAUUAAACCAGCUGUGAA